UUGUAUAAAACCCGACUUGUUUCCCUUCGCCUUCUUCCUUCUUUUAGGGUUUCGUUAGCCGUUCUUCUUAAACCACAAAAACUUGGAACAAGCUUAAGGAAGUGCAGAAAUGGCCCCAAAGAGAGGUGUAAAGGUUGCUGCCCCGGCCAAGAAGAAACAAGAGAAGGUUGUGAAUCCACUGUUCGAGAAGCGUCCAAAGCAGUUUGGUAUUGGCGGGGCACUACCUCCGAAGAAGGAUCUACAUCGAUUUGUAAAGUGGCCUAAGGUUGUCCGCAUUCAAAGGAAAAAGAGGAUCCUUAAGCAGAGGUUGAAGGUCCCACCAGCAUUGAACCAGUUUACCAAGACUCUUGACAAGAACCUUGCUACGAGUCUAUUCAAGCUGCUUCUCAAGUACAGACCGGAGGACAAGGCAGCCAAGAAGGAACGUCUACUGAAAAAGGCUCAGGCUGAGGCUGAAGGCAAAGCCCCUGAGUCUAAGAAACCAAUUGUUGUGAAAUACGGACUUAACCAUGUUACCUACCUUAUUGAACAGAACAAGGCACAAUUGGUUGUCAUCGCCCACGAUGUGGAUCCCAUAGAGCUUGUAGUCUGGCUUCCUGCUUUGUGCAGAAAGAUGGAGGUCCCCUACUGCAUUGUCAAGGGGAAAGCACGAUUGGGAUCGAUUGUCCACAAGAAAACUGCAUCUGUCUUGUGCUUGACCACGGUUAAGAACGAGGAUAAGAUGGAGUUCAGCAAAAUCCUCGAGGCAAUCAAGGCCAACUUCAACGACAAGUACGACGAGUACAGGAAGAAGUGGGGAGGUGGUAUCAUGGGCUCGAAAUCACAAGCCAGAUCCAAGGCAAAGGAGAAGCUUCUCGCGAAGGAAGCCGCACAAAGGAUGACUUAAGCCAACCAUUGUUCCCUUCCAGAGGUUCCCUCUGGUUACCAAGUCAAAUUUACUCCUUUGCCCGAGGAUUACUUAUAUAUUUUCUAGUUUAACUUUCAAAACACGGAGUAGCUGCUGUUUGUGAUGUAAUUUUGUGCCCAAACCAUCAUUUAUGCUGAGCGAUCUUACUUAAAUAGUCGUGUAUGAUAUAUAUAAUCAGUUUCGUCCUCUUGACUAAAAAGCAACUCUUUUUCUUAAGGUUUAUUUAUUAUGUUAAUUGAGUACCAA